AUGACUUUUACAUCACCUCAUUCUCGAAAAAAUCAAAGAGUCUAUCGUUCACCUUCAGACCCUAAUGAUCCUAGUCCAUAUCAAAAGAAAUUGGAUAUGGAUGCCGAAGAUAAAGAAGCAGGCACGAUUUUAAUGGCUUUAGCACACCAUAAAAGUCAGUUUAAAAAACCAACUAGUCAUCAUGCCAUGUCUAUUCGUCAUUUGUUAGCUGGGUUAGAUGAUGAUACACACCAUUCUUCCAGAAUAACGUCAGGUCCUGUUUCAAAUCCAUUUUAUGAAUCAAGAAGACAAAGCAACUUGAAGAAAGGAUUUAAAAUCUGUCUUUCGCAAAGAGGUCCUGUUUCCUUUCGACAUCCUAGUACUGUCUCGUUCAAGAAACCCUCUACAAAAUCACCACGAAAAAGCACUACGCAUAUUCAUAUCAGCUAUCGUAUUCAUGCCCAUAAACUAUCAACUAAAUGCAAGUGGCAUGCAUAA